AUGCUAAAAGAAUUGGAAAAUAUUAUAGUAGGAAAUAAAGUAGUCAAUGGGCCCAAAUUAGAAGUUUUGAAAAAAAUUAUACUGAGCGAUGAACUGAUAGGGAACAGACCAUCGGAUCAGUUGAAAACAUUUCUGUCUGACCUAAUGAGUGAUAAUUCAAAUUUAAAAGAAAAGGUGUGA